AUGUCUGUGAAUACGGCGAACACCCCGGACGGCCUGGGCGUUUUGCUGUACAAUGGCGAAGUGAUCGUCAUUUUCGCUCAAGGUGUCGUGAUGACCCUGGGAACCAGUGAAAAUCAGGUUUUUUGAUACCUUGAUCGAAUUUUAUUAGUCAUUUAUGGAUUUCUUGAAUUUCACGGGCAAAGUCCAAAAGGUCUCAAAAAGGACUUUAAAAGGUCUCAAAUACGCCUUUUUUUCUAGACCUUUUUCUGAAAAGGACCUUUUAAGGAGGACUAGAAAAAUGGGGCGGAAAAAAGGAUAUUCCGAGAAACUUUUGACACCUUUUUAGGAACUCAAAAAGGAGCUUCAGUCUCUUCUUUUUGAGGCCUUUUCAAGCUCUUUUGGACUUUGCCCGUGUUUCAAGCUUUAACAGCUUUUGUGAAAAACGGAAAACAGGUGGUGAAACUUUGGGUGUUUUUUUUCUCGAGAAAGAAAUUUUUAAAUUUUCUCGAGAAAGAAAUUUUUAAAUGAAAAUCUAUUGAAAAGAAGACAUUCUGAAAAAUAAAAAAAACUUGGGAAAUCCAGAGUGGUCCCUAUAGGGGCCGUUGGAGGGUCUUCUGUAGGGGCUACUUUACCAAUUCCUAUAGGGGCUACUAAAGAUCGCAGAAGUGGUCCCUACUGAAGUUUCAGUUAGUGGCCCCUAUAGGAAACAUGCUAGUCGAUAAUUGUUAUAAACUCUAAGCGAAGAAGCUGUUCCAUGGAAUAACUGCAUAAAUAAGCAUUUUUUGAAUGAAAAAUUGAAAAGACCCUUAUAGGAUCCACUUGAGCUUUAGGGGCUAAGGGGUCAGACCCUAAACCCCUAUAGAGACCCCCCUGGUGUUUCUAAGUUUUUGAAAAUAUUUUUUAAACUAGUUUUAAUUCCAGAGUCUGGAAGGCCGCCGAACGGGUACCAUUUAUUUGACUUCUCACCGGAUAAUUUUCAUGCCAGACCCCGGAGAUUGGGUCAAAUCUUUUGAGAUGCCCUUCAACUGCAUGCAGGCUGUGCAGUUGGAACAACCCAUAUUUGGUAGGCCUUUUUCUUCGUAAUAUAUUAGUCUCAGAACGGGAUUUUUCGCAACUUUGAUUUUUCUUGUCAAAAAAUGGGAAAAUUGUGAAGAAAUCUUUUGACAUUUUUUUCCGAAUAACUCCUUUUCUCAUUCUCAUCUCUAGCGAAAUAGGAAAGAAAAGCCGCAAAAAUAGUUCCGUUUCGAUUUUUUUUUUUCAAUGGCUUAAAAGGUGGACAAAAAAAGAGGCAGUAAAUAGAUUAGAAAAAUAAUAAGACAUAUUUUUUUCCAGCUUUUGAGUACCAUAUUAGGUAACCUUGAGGGCUCCUCCCGCCUUCAGGAUUUUUCUUCCCUCUGCGAACAGUUCACCGUUUCAAAACACUCAUUUUAUCUGAUUUUUGUUGGAAUUUAGCUGGUUCUCGGAUCAUAAUGAGCUCAUAUCAGAGAACUUUCAGAAGACGACAAUCUAUAAAAAACACUUUUUGGAGAAAAAAAUUACUUUUUCUUACUGAAAUGUACUUUUUUCUAAUCGCUACAAAUUUUUUGAUUGAAUUGUAUUUUUUGGAAUAAAAUAUCAAAAUCUGAACACACAGGCAAAGUCCAAACGACCUCAAAAGCAUUAAAAAAAAAGAGCCAAAGAGCUACUUUUUGAGUUUCUAGAAAGAGGCAAAAAAAUUUCUCGGAAUCUUUUCAUCAUUUUUUUCCGCCUUCUUUUUUUGUUACUUUUUAAAAGGUCCAGAAAAAAAGGCGCCUUUGAGGCCUUUUACAGAUUUUUUUUUCUAAAAGUUCUUUUGGACUUUGCCCGUGUAUAUAAUUAAGAUGAACUAUUUUUUUGAAAAGUCGAUCAACUUUCUUCAAUUCAAUUCAAUUCAAACUUUCUUGAAGAAAGAAGAUGCCCAGAUUCUUCUCCAAGCUGUUCUCACUAAACUAUACUUUUUCUAGUCGCUACGAAGACUUUUUCAUCAAAAAAAACUUCCUUUUUCUCCAGGUGCCAAUUACCUGAAAGGGAUCGCCGUGGCGGUCCAAGGCGGCCAAAUGCGUGGCGAAGUCCCUUGGCGGAUGACUUUCAACAAGGGCGGCUGUAUAGAUUUCGGCCAUGCUCUCUUGGAAGCUGUCGACCGGGCUGCUAGGUGAGAAAAUAAUUAACUUGAAGUUGCUCAAAUCGAUAAUGUUUGAGCAAAGAGAAGAAGUGAAAAUUUACAAUUUUCAUUGUAGAAAGGAGGCGAAACAAAAAUUGAAAAUUGUGAAUUCGAGCUUUAUCAGUGUGAGAAAGAAGAAUGAUACUUUAAAAGGUGUUAAGAAAAAUGAAAAAGAAACUUGAAAAUUUUCGGUGCAAACUGAACAGAAAUCGAAAACUCUUUGCAAACCAAUUUUUUGCAGAUUACGACCGGCUAGCGCGCCGCCACCAUACGCACCUCCGGCCGGCAAUUUUUACACCGCCCCACCUGCUUAUUAUCAACCUAAUAAUCAAGGUAUAAACUACUCAAAGUUGCAAAAUGUAGCUCAAGUUGUGUCUAUCUAGGAUGAGAUCAGAAAAAAAACCUGAAAAAAAAAGAUAAAAAGAAGAAAGAAGCUUGGAGAGACUUUAGAGAAGUUUUGUUGCUUAUUUUUUCUCGGCUGUCUUUUCGAGCCUCUCUUUUUUCUUCGCUAUUUUUUAAGAUUUCGCUUGUUUUUUUUUUAAUUUUUUGUUGGUUUUUGAACCUUUCUCGAGUCACAAUCAUUGCGUGUGAAUUUUGAACUAUUUUUUCUGAACUUUAAAUAUUUCUAGGCUUUUUUCUCAGUUUUUCUAUCUUUCGCUGCAUAUGGUUUUUUCAAAAAACAAGUUUGUUCUAACACGUUUUUGUAACACGACAAAAAGCUCUACGAUAUGGCCUUACAAAGGAAAGUUUUUUACCCCAUGUUGAACUUUUGAUGAAAUUCGAAGUGUACUUUAAGACUUCCUGAUUCCAGAACAAUAAGCAAUUUUUUCGCAAUAGAUCUGGUUAUCGAGUUAGGUCUUUCCAAAAGCUUGAAAUAGCGCUUUUUUGUCAAAAAACCUCCCCUAGUAGAAGACUCCUUUUUUCUGACUUUUUCAUUUUUUCUCAAAAGAUGGCGUUCAGGAGCCGCCAACGGCUAUAAUCCGUCGACCGAAGCUUUUCCCGACCAGCCGAAUCCAUCGAGAGUCUUCAUCAGUGGCGCCCCGCCGCCGUAUCCCGGCAUCGGACCGGAAAGGCCACCGCAACCGACGGAGGAACUUCACAUCGCUGGACAAUGGGAGCCACCGCCGGCUUACGGAGAAUCUGCGGAAGGGCUCCGGCGAAGGAAUUAA